AUGGGCAAUCAAUUAGUGGGCAUCGCGCCCAGCCAAAUAUUUCCGGUAGAGCACUAUUUGACAGAUCACAGUGAUUUAUUAUUCGACGUGAAUUUAGGAAGUACUAGAUUCUUCAAAGUGGCUCGGGCCCGCAGUCUGGAGGGGCUGAUAGUUGUAAAAGUGUUCGCAAUUCAUGACCCAACAUUGCCAUUAUCUACCUAUAAGGACAAGCUGGAGGAGAUCAGGUCGAAGUUAGCCUCGGCUGUCAACUGCCUACCGUUUCAACGAAUGAUUCUCACAGAAAAAGCUGGCUCAAUAAUGCGGGAAUAUGUCAAAUAUUCUCUUUAUGACAGGAUCAGCACUAGGCCAUUUUUAACCAGCAUUGAGAAAAAGUGGAUCACUUUCCAAGUAUUGUACGCUCUUAAUCAAGCCCAUAAGUUUGGUGUUUGCCAUGGUGACAUAAAAUUGGAAAAUAUUAUGAUAACCAGUUGGAACUGGGUGUUACUCACAGAUUUUGCCAGUUUUAAACCGACAUAUUUACCAGAAGACAAUCCCGCGGAUUUUUCAUACUUUUUUGAUACUUCUAGGAGAAGGACGUGCUACAUAGCGCCCGAACGAUUUGUGAAAACACUGUCUUCAGAAUUGAGUAAUACGUUGCUGUUACCAGAACAAGAAGUUAAGACAGGUGAUCUGCAUCCCAUGAUGGAUAUCUUUUCCGCAGGCUGUGCUUUGACAGAAUUGUAUAACGAAGGUCAUCCACCGUUCGAUUUUUCACAACUCUUGGCGUACAGGAACAACGAAUAUUCUGUCAGUAAGCACUUGGACAGUAUAGACGACCCAGGAAUACGCGAGCUGCUUAGGUCAAUGCUAGAGAGAAAUCCAACGAAUAGGAAGAGCGCAGAGAUCUAUCUGUCUCAAACUCGCGGCACCAUCUUCCCGGAAUACUUUUAUUCCUUCCUGCAGUCUUACAUGCUCAUUUUCUCCGCCGCUCCGAUUUUAUCACCGGACGAGAAGAUAACGCGGUUGAAGAAGGACAUUGGCAAUAUUAUAAGUAUACUAAAGACGGACGAAAGUGAACGAAUGAAAACGAGCGAUACGAAACCCGCGGAAACCGCGAAAUCUGGUCAAUACGAGAUUAAUGUGGAAUCGAUUAAGGACGAUUCUGGUCACAGCGAAGAAAAUACGAUGGUGGAAGUCGACAGCGAUCAAAGUUCUGAUAAGACCGAUUUAAAUCAAACUGACAUGAAAAGUACUGUCCAAGAUGUUGGCAGUGAUAUUCAAGUGGAUACGGAACCGGAGAUUAAAUCGUCCGAAGAUUGUAAACAAACGUGCGAUGCAGAGUCCAAGAAAUCAAUCUCUACCUCGAGUGAAACUCUAGAAGGACUCGUUAUCAUAACUCAACUCGUUACAUCUUGCAUAAGAGGAUUGCAUCAUUCGCAAUCCAAGUUGCACAGUUUAGAGAUAUUAUUAGAGCUGGCUGAAAAUGUUUCUGAUGAAACAAUUCUUGACAGAAUACUACCUUAUAUUUUCCAUUUGGUUCACGAUCCAGCGCCGCGAGUAAGAGUAUCAGCGAUACACACUCUAACGAAAUGUUUACAUCUUGUGAAAUCGAUACCAUCUUCAGAUGUGAACAUAUUUCCCGAGUACAUUUUACCAGGUUUAGCGCAUAUAACUCAAGACGAAGCAGUUAUAGUUAGGGCAGCUUACGCAGAAAAUAUUGCGUAUUUGGCGCACAUUGCUUUGCGUUAUCUGGAAAACGCUCAUCUGUCUAACUUGGGCAACAAGGAGGGACCAAAGCCCAGUUACGACAGCGAACUACAAACCUUGCACGAAAUGGUUCAACAAUCUGUGUCCAUGCUGUUAACGGAUCCCCAAAAUUUAGUGAAACAAACUUUAAUGGAAAACGGAAUAAACAAAUUGUGCGUGUUUUUCGGAAAACAGAAAGCCAAUGAUAUUUUGCUCAGUCACGUUAUCACAUUCUUAAACGACAAAGAGGAUAAGGAACUGAGAGGCUCUUUUUUUGAAUGCAUAGUCGGUGUGGCUGCAUAUGUCGGUUGGCACAGUAGUCCGAUACUAAUGCCGCUUCUGCAGCAAGGUUUAUCCGAUCCUGAAGAGUUUGUAAUCACAAAGGCCAUAAAUGCCAUGGCAACACUUACAGAACUGGGUCUACUACAUAAAUCUGCUCUCUAUCAGUUAUUAUCAGAAACUAUGGUCUUCCUGGUUCAUCCAAAUCUUUGGAUACGUCAUGCAACCGUCGGCUUUAUAUCCGCGGCGGCGAGAACUCUGAAUGUGGUGGAUGUUCAAUGUAAAGUUCAGACAAUGCUUCAACCAUAUCUGAAGCACUCAUUGAUCCAAAUAGAAAAGGAGAUUUUAUUACUCGAGGCACUUGUUCCUCCGAUAUCCAGAAUAGUAUACGAUUCCGUGGUGAAGUAUAACGAUGUGGAGGAAUUAUUCCAAGUACUUGAACACAAGCAGGCAGCCAGAGCAAAAGUCAUAACGGGUGUGGUACCGCCACAAUACAACAACAUGAGUACCUCCUUAAGAAAUCUUUUUAGGCGACUGACUUCGGAAUCGAUGACCGAGGCAGUUGAGGAUCAGUUGCUGAUCAUGAAGCCUCACUUGAUGAAGAUCAACAAAUAUCGCAAUUCCGCAGAGUCGAAGCAAAAUGCUAUCAAGUCCGUAGAUGGCAAGUUGGAGUUGAGUCCAGUGAAGGAUAGGAUAAGACACCACGUCGUCGUAUUAUAUCCUGAUACUAAGGGAGACUUAACUCUCCCGCCAUUCAAAAGAUUAGACCGAAGAACAUCGGAGACCGUUGGCACAUACGCAACGAUGAAUCAAGAAUGGCGCACGAUGUUUGCAGCUCAAGAUAACACUCAGCACGCUAUAGUUAAAAUGUCAGACAUGACUGGAAGCAGUGGUAGCCCUAGUCAGAGCAUACACAGCGGGGACAUCCAUUUAUCUCCGCAUCAUUGCCUAUCAGAUAUGACCAGCAUUAAUUCUCUCAUGAACGAUCAUUCGCUUCACGAGCGAUCUUACAUACAAUAUAGGUGUGCACCUUGCCGAUUAGAAGUGCGGCAAUUAACGUACCGAAAGCAAGAACAACACGCAGCAAUAUUAAGAGCAAAACGUUGGGCUAACAACGUCGCCUGCGAAGCUGGCUCCACAUCACUGCCAAAGGAUUGGAGGCCCCGAGGAAUUCCCGUCGCGCAUCUUCACGAGCAUCGAGCAGCAGUGAAUAGAUUGGUUUCAAUACCGGAUACUAACCUGUUCGCGAGUAGUUCCUCUGAUGGAUGCAUCAAGAUUUGGGACGCCAGUAAGAUGGAGGGACGAAAUAUUGCUAAUCGUUCUAGGCAAACGUACAUGCACAGAGGAGGUCCGCUGGUUGGUUUAACUGUAUGUGACCAAGGGCAAUCUUUAGCGAGCUCGGCGAGCACAUCCGGGACGGUAUUCGUACUUCGGAUUGAGCCAAACUCCAGUAAAAUGAGUUUGAUCGGGACUCGUCAAUUGGAUCUCCAGGAAGAAGGAUGCGCUGUCGAUCUUCAGUAUCUAGAUUCUGGCUCGCAAUCGGUUCUUGUGUACGCCUCUUUGUACGGAUCACUGGUAGGUUGGGAUCUACGAUGUCCCGGUACAACGUGGCGCUUGGAAAACGAUUUGAAGCACGGAGUCAUCACGUCGUUUUGCGUAAACAGUCAUCAGCAAUGGUUGACCCUCGGCACGAGCUCGGGUAUCCACACCUGUUGGGACUUGAGGUUCCAACUGCCGAUAACAAGUAUCAAGCAUCCAACAGGUGCCAGAGUGCGAAAGGUGAUUACGCAUCCAACGGAGCAUUCGUGGAUAAUCUCAGCGGUGCAAGGUAACAACGAGAUCUCCAUGUGGAAUCUGGAGACCGAUAUUCGACAGAUGGUUCUGUGGGCAUCAAAUGCUCCACCGUUGAGCCGUACUCAAACCGGCCACACUGUAUGUGCCAUGUACACCGGAUCCAUCGAUUGCUCGGGCUUCCUUCUGGCCGGCGGAACCGAUAUGCGAUUACGCUUUUGGGACUUCAAUAGACCUACCGCAUCCUAUGUCGCUCUGCCCGCCGCUAACGAUGUCCUCACUCCAAAUUCAUUGGCAUACGAUUUACGUUUGAUAGACGGAACGAACGUUGUGCAAGAAGUAUUGGUGGACGAUGAUUCUAAUCCGUUGUCCGGAAGUGAUGCGAGAGGAAGAAACAUGGAGGAUAGCGGUCCCGAGACUCCACCCUCCGGCCAGCAUGACACAAUCUCCGCUGUGGCCAUGUCGAACACCUGCAUUCUCACCGGUAGCACGGACGGCCUGAUACAAGUCUGGAAAUGAUUGUUCUUCUCGCUCCUAAAUAUGAUUCCAAAGUUCCUUGCACAGGCGACAAAAGAUUUUACCAGUGCAAUGCGGAAUGUCUCCCCAGUAAUAACGAAACUAUUGUGAUCCAAGUAAGGAAUAAGUUAUUCUAGAAUUCUUCAGGUAAAUUCUCCAGCAAUGCCGGACAGUGAUCGUAGUAUAAUUUAUUUAAGGACAGUCGCGCGGAGGAAUUGUGAUGGCGUUAUAAUUAUGAUACCAUGAUAUUCCGUUUCGGCAAAAAUGACUAAUCAUAUUUUUUUAACAAUUCCGUGAUUGGCGACAGGACUCUGUGGAAGUUAUGAUAAACACUGCUUCCGUAUUAGUAAGAUGAUAAUUUGCUACUUGCACAGUUUUUCUUGAAAUUUUGCAAAAGGUAAAAACCUUGUCUUAUUCAAAGUUUAUACGAGCUCUUUCCCGCUAUAUGAGUAAUCUGCUAAUCGGCUUUUCAUAUUCUUCCACAACAACUCCAAAUUAAUUAUUUCCAUAUUUAAUUGAAUCUAAACAGAUCUGUUUUGAGUAAAUUUCUCACUUGCGUCAUCUGGGUUUGGUUUUUAUUUCUCGUGACACCUGUAGUUUAUUAAUUUUUUCCAGAAAGGUUGUUUCCUGUCUUUUCAAUUCUUAAAAAACAUACAAGAGAAGACAAGACAUGUCGCCGAGACGACAGGUCUCAGUGGAAGUUACGAUGGUAUCAUACUUAUAUCACUGUGCAAAAGAGAAAAGCUAACUCUACAAAUCAAAUAUAUUUAUUCCUAGAUUCGUUCACGUUUAUAUAAUUUUGAAAAAAUUGGAAAUCCUAUUUCUAUAUAUAAUUUUAUACAUUAACUAUAGGUAAAUACAAUUUUCUUAAUUGUAUUUAAAUUUAAGCUGUAUUUAUAUUGUUCAAUUUGCUUGGAUAAUGCGUUAAGACGUCUGUUAUCGCUUUCUUGAGCCACAAGCAUCAACGUACGCACAGCACCGCCGUGCUGUACGAACUCUGUGAUCCUGGACUGUACAUAGAGCAUGUAAUAUACAUGAUAUUUAAGACUACCAAUGAUUACAAUUGCGCUGUGGGGGCGUGCAUUUUUUUAAAAAGAGUUGAACGUAAACUGACAUUAUAAUGUAACAUAUAUGAUGUACAUAGCUUAUUUUUAUAUGUAAGAAAGAAAAAAACAGAAAGAGAGCUAUUACCGAGUAUUAGACGAGUUUAGAAUGUCGAUGUUACACAGAUCGAUAGACAAGCCUUCGAGGUAAUUGUAUCUAAGUUAGCAGAUAUUUAGCGGGUCCGUAUACGCGUACUAUAAAUUUAAACACUGAAAGGUAAGAAAAGUUGCAUCAAUGCGAAAUGACUUUGCAACACAGUGGAACACUCUUACGAGCAUAGAAUAUCCAAAAAAAUAAUCUAUAAACUAUAUUUUUUAUAGCUCUUAGCUUUAUUUUUUGGAUUAUCUAUAUACCGUUAAAUUUUUUUCACUCUGAUACAAAGUUACUUUCUGCAAUGCGAUAAAUUUCAUAGUUUCCUUUUUUUUUUAUCACACGUGUAAAUACGGACCGUGAAGCGAGGAAUAAUAAAAUUCGCGUGCGAAAGAUGCAAUGCGCGAAACAAUUAUCUCUCGCUUCGUACUUUACGUGAUGAACGCGUAAGUAGCUGUAUGUAAUCACGAAUAUUUAUGUAUACUAGUUUGCUAGUAUUGUCACACACGGACACAUACGUACACGCAACCACAUUGACUGAAAUACUCGUAACCGGUGGACGUAUAUUGUCUAAAAACUACGUUGUUACAAUAAAUUCAUAUUUUUAACGCA